AUGCCUCCCAAAGGGUGGAGAAAGAACGGCGAGGCGGUGAACCCGCCGCACGUGCGCCAGGAACCGACGCUGAUUGACGAGAUCCUAUUCCCUAAGGGGACGGUGCAAAAGCUCGCGAAGCUGGCGAUGCCUGAAGACGCGAUGUUGGCCAAGGACUCGUUGACGGCGAUCCAGCGCAGUGCCACCGUGUUUGUGCUGCACUUGUUAUUUCAAGCUCGAGAGAUUCUGAAACUGCAAGACCGCAAAAACGUUUCUGAAGACGAUAUCCUUAGAGGGCUCGAAAAGGCAGGGUUACUGCAAUUUGUCCCCGAUAUCGAAUUCCGAACGGCGGCGUGGGACGAGAAACGGCGUCAAAAGAAGGCGGGUGCGCCAUCAGCGGUGCUGGCACCGCAGGCGACCACUGAAACUACUGAAGUUAACACUGAAGCGAACGGAACUAAGAAGAUUAAGACUGAACUGGGAGCCGUCGCCAGGGAAACUGCCUCUACCGACGACGAAGACGAUGUUGACGCUAAUGACGACGAAGAUGAUGAUAUGGAAGUGGAUGAAGAGGUAAAGGAAGAAGACAACGAAGUGGUGGAAAUUGACGAUGAUGAAGAAGAAGAAGAGGAAGAAGAGGAAGAAGUGAAGGUGAAACCGAGCGACGUGGAGGUGGUGGCUGAUCUCGGGAGCGCCGAGGUCAUCGACAGCGACACCAGCGACGACGAGUGA